UGGGCGUGAGCGUGCUAUGUGCUCUGCUCCAGUAGAGGAAGGAAAGGCUACUCUGAGAGGCGGAGGAAGGAUCGGGAGAACAUACAAUGCGUUAUCCAUGGGUAAUGGCUUGCCCCCAAAUCUCCUUCUAAUUUAGUAUCCGCGCCUCUCUGAGAAAAAUAUGGCGUGAGAAAAACCGUGUAAAAUAAGUGCGAAACUGUCGGGAGUUACUCGUAGCGGCGGACCGUGCUGCCUCUGACUGGAAGUUUUUUUUUUUUUUUCAGUCUUGGGGCCCCGACGGUGGCGGUGGCUCUCUCCCCGGAGCGGUGUCCCGGUCUGCCCAGCCCCAUGCAAAACCUAACGGCCCCUGGCGGCCCCAGCAACUCCAAUGUCACCUGCUCCUGCAACUGCUCUGCUGCCCAGCCACAGGGAAUGGAGAUAUCUGAACUUGAGUUUGUUCAGAUCGUCAUCAUCAUUGUGGUGAUGACAGUGAUGGUCGUGGUGAUCAUCUGCUUGCUCAACCACUACAAGCUGUCCACCUGGUCCUUCAUAACAAGGCAGAGCCAGGCCCGCAGGCACAACCAUGCCCUGCAUCAGGAUGGGUGUCUGUGGCCUUCAGACAGCAGCUCUCGACAAGGUGCCUCAGAGGUAUUAUAUGCUCCCCAGGCCAGGGAUCACUUCACUGCUCCCUCCUUCAUGCAGCGUGACCGCUUCAGUCGCUUCCAGCCCACCUACCCCUACCUGCAGCAUCAGAUUGACCUACCACCGACAAUCUCGCUGUCGGACGGUGAGGAACCCCCGCCUUACCAGGGGCCUUGUACCCUGCAGCUCCGCGACCCUGAGCAGCAGAUGGAGCUCAAUCGUGAGUCAGUGAGAGCGCCGCCCAACCGGACCAUCUACGACAGUGACUUGAUUGACAUUGGAGGAGGUGGAAGCCUGGUAGGGGUGGGAGGAAUAGGAGGCGGUCCUAGGCCGCCAAGCAGUAACUCGGGUAUCAGUGUGGUCAACUCCAGCAGCCACGUGCGCAUGGAGGGCCCCCCACCAGCGUACAGUGAGGUGAUGGGCCACUAUCAUGGCACAGCGUUUUUUCUACACCAGCACAGCAAUACCCAGAGGGUGGGGGGCCCAGGGGACAGGAGCCAAUCAGAAAGCACAAUAGUACCUGCCAAGGCCAAAGAUGGCCAACAGAAGGACCUGGUGUGAAGAAAAGUGUGGGGCCACUCACCUCAGACUAUAAACCGUCUCUUACCUUCACUCCUGAUCACCUGUAAGCUGUGGUCUCUCUAUCCUGCGCGCUCUCUGUCUCUCUCAUGUCCUCUCUCCACACUCCCAUGCACAAAUAAAAAUCAAUCUUAGCUAAACCAAACAAGUAAAGGGAGGAACCAAGCGUUGAUUUUAUUUCCUUUCUUUUGAACGUUCAAGAUAAAAACAUACUGCUAGCACAGAUUAAAAUGAUGGUCCUUUUCUUCCCCUCCGGGGGGACUUUCCUGUCCCGGGGAACUGAGGAUGAUGUUUUUACUUUUUGUUCCUUUUUCGGACCGGGAUCUGUGCACAAAGGGAGAACUGAGAAUCAAGGACUUACAGAGAACACAAUAAAACAAGAGACUCACAAACCCAAAUCUUAGUGCCAAGGUUUACGAGGAAGCAAAACAAAGGGGCAAAAUGACUCAUUCUAACAUUCAAAACACAAAAAAGAAAUGUUAUCUAAAAGUUGCACUAGAUAUUGGUUGUAAAAGAGAAGAGGGAAAUUAUGUUAUGUGAUGAAAAUUAGGUUUGUUUUUCUCUUUCUGUUUCGUCCUUUUUCUGAAUGGACUGACUGACUGAACUUUGCCUCCAAAGCUGUUUAAAUAGUUGGGAGCAACAAAAAAAAACAAUUAUUAUAAGCUUAUGUCCUUCUUUGAAAACAAUACUUGUACCCAGCUAAGAACAUCUCUGUCUGCUUACACCACAGGCAGGGGCGACUUAGUAAGAGAAUAACUUUGUACUUUUCAUGUCUUUGAGAAAGAAAUCUGCCUUGUGUCAGCUGCUGGGUGGACGGAACAUUUCUUACUUUCUCUGGUAGUUUCUUAAAAGAUUUGCAGAUGGAUUUCACAAACCUGAGUAGUUCCAAAACUCUUAGAAAGUAUAUGCUCCAUACCAACAAAUCUGACCAGAUGGUUGGAUAUCAAGAAUAACAUAACUCCAUAGCAAAAAACAUAUCUAACUGGCCAUCCACUUUUUAACCCUUUUUUUACUUUGUCCCAAAAUCUGAGCACCUAACACUUCCGCUUUUCUGUUUCCUGGUCAAUACCCCUCACCCCCACCUUCUCCUCUCACUGCUCAUCUCUACAUGCAAAGUUCAUUCUGCAAACAGCCGCACUGAACCCAAAACCGGCCAACAUGACAAUGAAAACACAACACAAUAAAAGAGGCUCGGCUCUCCUUCACAUUUCUAAAGCCACAAAAAAACAAGACAACAAACAAAGGGAAGAUUCCUGUCUGCAUCUGCCAGCACAGUGAUCAGGUUUUAAACAAAAACUGUAUGUGGUCAAAGUUAAAGGGCUAUGGGAGAGUCCUUUUUCUAAAAGAAAGCCUUAAAAAUUUAGCCUUUUUCUCUGCUCAUCAUUGCCUUCUACCCUGCUCUUGCGCUUUCUCUGUCUUUUAAUUAUGUUAGCAUUAAUCAUCACAUCUCCUCUCGCUAACCCCCAUUUCAUCUUGUUAACAGUGUCUCUGGUAAAAAUAGUUUAUCAUCUCUCUCUUAUCCAUGUGCAGAAAAAGAUGAUGCAGAGUCCGCCAAGCCCUUUAAAGUGGAGACUGGACUGGAGCCAGUGUGUGUGUGUGUGUGUGUGUGUGUGUGUGUGUGUGUGUGUGUGUGUGUGUGUGUGUGUGUGUGUGUGACCUUUUAACAACUCAAGAAAGCACUUAAUGUUCCUUAAUAACCAACUGCUUUGUUCAAGGAUAGGUUACUUAUUUGGCACUGUCCAUAUUAACACAUUAUUAACUAAACCUCAUUAAACCUCAAUGUAAAAGAAAGUGUGUCACAGUCCACUCCACAACUUCCGUUAAGGCAACACAAGAAAAACUGCAGUAGAUUUCCACACCGGGUCUGUACGCUAAAAAUACUUUUUGUCAAUGCAGUGCACAAAGGAAACACAAUAGGAGUGGAUGGUGCUGAGACAACUCAAGAUCAACUCAAC